GCCAACCUCGCCAUCUCCAACUGCCGGCGACGAACAACUACCCACACAGUUAGUCCAAUGAAACCAAGUUUCAAGAACGGAAAGUUCGCCACAUCUAUCUACGAAAAAUGUCUCUGCCAAAAGAAUGGAAUCUCCAGACAUCGCAGGAGUGUCUUAAUCAGUACCUGCGACCACAAAGCCUCUUCUCGGAGGAUAUCGAAAUACAGCCCCACGCGGAUGACAGCCAUCUGUUUGACGGCGUCUACCAUCCGUCCAUACCGGACCAGCGAUGUCGGGCCCCUGUCAAUGCCGCCCUGCUGGCGGAGUUCGAAAACAGCGGAUCCCUGUUUUCGAUCCAGUCUGCACCGGUGGUUACGGCCCGGAAGGAACCAACGCUCGUCAACACGCUACAAAACCCGGCACUCGCUGCAGAACCAGCGGCAGCGACAACGACAGCAAUUGGUGGCAACGAUGGACCAGCUGCUAACGAUAGCGCAAGUUUGCUCGAUGUCUUCGGUGGUCCGUUGCCAGCAAAGGCAUCCGCUGGAGCUGCACGCAGCGAUACUUUACUUAGGCCAUCCUCACUGGCACUUGAUACGCACUAUAACCCAGUCAAGCAGCACACUGGUAGGGAAUUGGAGCCGCAGCCUUCGACCGAGCUGGACGAGGAUGACAACGAGAACCUGCUGACUGUCUCGAGUUUAACUGCUCGGCCGCUGAUAGCAAAAUCUCGAGAAAUACGUAGCAAAAAGCAAAGGCUUGAUCUUCGGAAGCAGCGGAAGCAGGUGGCAUCUGAGUCGAGCGAGGACGACGAUGAUAGUCCGCCGGAUGGAGGCUACGGAUGGGUAAUCGUUUUCGGUGCUUUCUCGGUACAGUUCUGGGUUGCCGGGUUAGUCAAAUCGUACGGCGUGCUCUAUGUGGAGAUAAUGGAGAACUUUCCGAAUGCCUCGGCCACUACCGCUUCUUGGAUACCGGCAAUCCUAUCGGCGCUGUGCCUGGUACUAGCACCGCUCUCUAGUGCACUGUGCCAACGAUUCUCCUGUCGUAUAGUGGUAAUAAUUGGCGGCGUAUUUUGUGGGCUCGGACUGACACUCAGCUACUUUGCGACCAGCAUGUACCAUCUGUUGUUUACUUUUGGCAUCCUUACAGGAAUAGGAGGUGGCCUCUCCACAACCCCAGGCAUCGUGAUCGUUUCCCAGUAUUUUGAAAAACACCGUGCUCUAGCGAACGGAAUAACGAUCUCGGGAACGGCCGCCGGAAGUUUUGUAUUUCCAAUGCUGAUUGAACGGUUGAUCCACUUGUUUGGAUUUCAUGGCACCCUUCUGAUACUGGGUGGCUGUAUGCUACACGUGUGCGUAUCCGGUGCCUUGUACCGGCCACUCGAGAAAAAACAAGAUGUUGAGCCCCAUAAGGAAGGCACUCAGUUUUCUUCUCGUACCGACUUUCGCGAAAACCUCGGCCACUUGAGUUCGUCGGAGGAUCACCUCAGUAAGCGCUGCUUGGAAGACCUGUUUCUUGAUGAUCAAAAUCGCAAUAGUCUUAAUAUUGAUAGCAAAUUCGUCAACAUUACGGAAAAAACGCUCCAAGAAAGUGAAGACGAACUGAAAGAUAUCCUCUCGAGUGCAAUCUUUCUUAAGCCAAUCGCGUCGAUUCGGAGCUGCAGCAUACUGCACUCGGUCGAAGAUCUGAGCACCGAUUCGACCUGCGUCUAUAGGAAUCGGGGCAGCGGGUAUGACUCGAAGCGGAACAGCAUGCGGUACAAGCAACAGCUUCACCAGCAGCGCCAGGAAACACAGGCCCGGCUUCAGGCGGCGGAACCGGUCGGAUCACAAUUGACACUAGCGGCGGCCGAUGGUGGGGGCGCUUGCGGAGAAGCACCGCUACUUGGCCCGCUGCUGAUGGCCACAAAUGAGCUGGACAAGGCGGCGCUAGGAACUAACAAGGACUCAGCGGCCGCUACUGUGCCUACGGUGCUGAGCUCGAGCACGCUGUGUACGAUGGUACCAGUGAAGGCAUUGGCCCAGAACAACAACCGUGGUUUAAGUAAGAGCAUGAUCAUUCCGACCCCAGUAGGCGAUCUCAAUGAAAUCUUCGAUGACGACCAUUACCCAGCCUACAAAAUGACCCUAGCGGAGAAGAUUAGCCAAUAUCUAGACAUUACGCUCCUGCAGGAGAUCACGUUCAUACUAAUGUGCCUCUCGGUAGCUUUAAUGUCGGUGGGAUGUCCGUAUAUGCUUUACUACUUACCGGCGUAUGUCAUUUCAGCCGGAUAUACCAAAUCAGAAGCAGGAUAUUUGGUUGCUGUAAGUGCGGCCUUAGACUUGGUAGGGCGGUUGGCUUUGGGAUGGCUGUCCGACUUGGACCUGUUUGACCGCAAGAAGGCGUACAUUGUUUGCAUUCUAGGCGCAGGUACGGCGGUGCUCACUAUACCGUCGAGCAGUAAUACCUGGUUCAUCAUAGUGAUCAGUGCCGGCUGUUACGGAUUGUGUCUGGGUAGCUGGUACCUCCUGGUUCCGGUACUGCUGGCCGAUCUGUUUGGGACGGAGCGCAUUAGCUCCAGCUAUGGCUUGGUUCGGAUGUUCCAAAGUAUUGGUGCAAUCUCGGUGCCACCACUAGCAGGUUUACUGCGCGAUGUCUCCGGAGGGUACGAGAUCUGCUUCUAUUGCAUGGGGGUUUGUAUGUUGAUGGGCAGUGUACCGUUGAUCGUUAUUAUCCUUCGCGACUCGAUCGCCCUCAAGGACAAACGACUUCAACUCGACCAGGCUGCCUAAACUUGAUGGUUCACCAAAGCAGACGGACGGAAGAGACAUCGGUGGUCGCAUGAUGAAUGAGCAGAUUUUGGAACUCACUAAAAUGCAUACUGGCAUUCAAAACAUAGGGUAAAAACAAUAAUACUUAAUAAUUUUAGAGUUUAAGCUAUCUGA